CCAAAAAAGAAGGCUGAAAGCAAGUAAACACAGCCGAUCAGCUGCAGCUGACAGCAACCAAAUAUCGCAAUCUAAAUCUUUUUAUUUAUUUAUUUUUUCGAUAAGCAUAGAGAGAAACAGACAUCGGUCUGCCGAUGCGAGUCUCUAUGAUUCAGAUCAGAAAGUGCAGGAGCAAAUAAAGGAAAAGUGCACAAGUAAGUGGCUUAUUUUCGUUUUUUACCAUGGCGUAUCCUCAGGGCUACUUGUAUCAGCCGUCAGCUUCUUUGGCACUGUAUUCGUGCCCGGCGUACAGUACAAGCGUCAUUUCUGGACCCAGGACCGAGGAACUUGGAAGAUCGUCGUCAGGGUCUGCUUUUGCUCCCUAUGCUGGAUCUACAGCGUUCAGCAGUCCUUCGCCUGGCUACAACUCACAUCUUCAAUACAGCGCAGACCCUGCGGCGGCAGCAACAUUUACUUCGUAUGUGGGCUCUCCAUACGAUCACACGACAGGCAUGGCUGGGUCUAUAGGAUAUCACCCCUACGCGGCUCCCCUGGGUUCCUAUCCCUAUGGAGACCCUGCUUACCGAAAAAACGCAACUAGGGACGCCACGGCCACUCUGAAGGCCUGGCUUAACGAACACCGGAAAAACCCGUACCCCACAAAAGGCGAGAAAAUCAUGUUGGCCAUCAUCACCAAAAUGACCCUCACGCAAGUGUCCACCUGGUUCGCCAACGCCAGGAGAAGGCUAAAGAAAGAGAAUAAGAUGACAUGGACCCCGAGGAACAGAAGCGAGGAUGAGGAGGAAGACGAAAAUAUUGAUUUGGAGAAAAACGACGAUGACGAGCCACACAAGCCCAUAGACAAGGGGGACUCGACAGACACCGAGUCAGAACAUAAACGGAACCCGGGGGAAAUUACAUGCGACAGAUUUAAAGAUGAGAAUCCUGGCAAAGAGGUGGAUCCAGUUUUGACUGACUCGGAAUUAAAAGAACAAGAGGACCGGACAGAAUUGUCUCACUCUCCAAAACCCACCACUUCUUCCCCCCCAAACGUGCCUCGCGGAAACGAGAUUAUUGUGCAAGAGAAGCCGACUGAGAUCGUCCAAACAUCAAGUACAGCAAGCGGCAUCAACGGCAGCAGCAAUGCUACGUCUGUGAUUCAUUCACCUCCCUCUGCCCCCAAACCAAAACUUUGGUCUCUUGCCGAGAUUGCGACUUCUUCGGACAGGUGUAAGGGAAGUAGCGACUUGCCGCAGACCCACGGAACGGGUCAAAGCACCGUCAUCACGGCCAACGCAUCGUCACCGUCGCGGUCACCCCCCCAGUGCCCGUUCCCAAACAGCACAGUACUUUCUAGGCCUAUUUACUACACGUCUCCCUUCUACCCUGGUUAUACGAACUAUGGCACUUUUGGACAUCUCCACAGUAAUCACGGCUCCAACACGGGGUCAGCAACACAUUUUAAUGGAUUAAACCAGACUGUCUUAAAUAGGGCAGAAGCACUGGUGAGAGAAAGCAAAGCCAGGAGUCAAACACAAAUAGAUCUUUGUAAAGACUCUCCUUAUGAACUAAAGAAAGGUAUGUCAAACAUUUAAUAUUGGGCUCUCCGAAAACAUGGACAUUUAUUUAUUAUAUGUGUUGGCUUACAAGUAAUAAAACACUCCUAAGGAAACAAAGGUUAUUUUCAAUGAGAAAAUGCUUAUUCUGAAAUAUGGAUGUCCAAUCCAAAAAAAAAAAAAAAAAAAAAAAAAAAAAAUGUAACAUCUAAGAAUUGUCUUAAACGCUGCCGCCACCUGAGAAUAUUUGUAUUAAAACUAUAAUAUGUAUAUUUAAUGUAGCAUUUUGUAUUUAAAAUGGACAAUACACUAUCUUUUAAGUAAAUUAUGAUAAAUCACAUGUACAGCAGUGGUUUGGGGGGGAUACAUAUAUAAGUUCUGGUGUUCAGAGUGCUUCAUAAUUCAAAGUAAUAACUUAUAUAUUUUGACCUCUGAUUCCCCUGAGUGUUAGCCAGUUCUUUUGCUUUCUUUAAAACGAAAGACAUGCUUAUCGAUCAAUUUGCAGUCGCCUUGUAAAAUGUCAAUUAUUAAAAUGACGUUUAACAAUCCUAUUAAA